AAUGUAUUAAAUAAAGAGAACUGAUAGCUGAAAAGCACUUUGAUCGAUCGCUAGGAAAAGCAAAUUCCUUCGGAUUUUGAAAUUCCAAUUCCAAUUCCAAUUCCAAUUCGUCAGUUCUAAGGAAAAUGGAUUCCUCAAACCUCACCACGCUUUCCGAAGAAGAAACCUCAGGCUCAGAAGAUCAACAACAACAACAACCUGUCUCUGCCUUUGCCUCUGCAUCCGUUCCAAUUCGCCCUCCAACUCAGAGUUCGUUGCAGAAAUACGCACCGUUGGAUUGGUCCGCUUAUUUUGAUCGUGAGGAUGACAUUCGUAUCAAAGAUACAGAAAACGUAUUUCAUGUAUAUAUGGCGGGAACAGAAGGCCCUGUGGUUUUUUGUUUACAUGGAGGUGGCUAUUCUGGGCUUUCAUUUGCGUUGGCAGCAAGUAUAAUCAAGGAGAAAGCUCGGGUAGUGGCAAUGGAUAUGAGAGGACAUGGGAAGUCAUCAGCAGAAAAUGAACUCGACCUUUCUAUUGAGACUAUGUGCGAUGAUGUUGUCGCUGUGGUGAAAGAAAUGUAUGGAGAUUCACCCCCUGCAAUUGUACUUGUUGGCCACAGCAUGGGAGGCUCAGUUGCCGUGCAUGUUGCUGCAAAGAAAUCAUUGCCUAGCUUGGCUGGACUUAUUGUUGUGGAUGUUGUGGAGGGAACAGCUAUGGCUUCAUUGAUUCAUAUGCAGAAAAUCUUAUCAACCCGGAUGCAGCAUUUUUCAAGCAUUGAAAAAGCGAUUGAAUGGAGCAUAAAAGGAGGCUCUUUAAGAAACGUGGAUUCAGCCCGUGUGUCCAUCCCUGCUACAUUGAAGUAUGAUGAUUCAAAGAAAUGUUAUACUCACCGAGCUCGUCUUGUAGAGACAGAACAAUAUUGGAGGGGCUGGUAUGAAGGCCUUUCAGAAAAAUAUCUGUCAUGUACUGCCCCAAAGUUAUUGCUGUUAGCCGGAACAGACAGACUGGACAGAGCUCUCACAAUUGGUCAAAUGCAAGGCAAGUUUCAAAUGGUGGUUGUUAGACAUACUGGGCAUGCAAUACAGGAAGAUGUACCUGAAGAAUUUGCUACUCUGGUACUGAAUUUUAUCUCUCGCAACCGUAUAGGACCUCAUGGAGUUGAGAUACCAGGACUCCGCCGACCAUUCCAGCCUCAACCUUGAAUCUGAUGUUGGAAAAUCAAAUGAUGACAACCUCCUCCACGAUGAGCAACCUUUUCCAUGACUUCGGCCUUUUCUCGGUUAUUGCUUCUUUUUCUUUCUGGGUGUUUGAGGGGGAGGGGGUGUUUUCUUGGGGUGGAGGUAGUUAAUGGAGAGUCAGAAAUAAUGAUAAGCAGACAAUGUUUGGUUGUUUAUUUUCUGAGAUUUGCCAAAGCUUUAGUAAAUAUUUCCAGCUGCUUUCUUUACUA